AUGGUCUUAUUCUUCUCUUCCAAUGCUACGACUCCGGCAACGACGAUCUAUAUGGGCAAGGACAAGGUCGAGAACGAGGAACUGAUCAGAUAUGCGUGGCCACAAGAUGUCUGGUUCCAUGUAGACAAACUUUCGUCCGCCCACGUCUACCUCAGAAUGCCAGAGGGAAUGACCUGGGAGGCAAUCCCACAAGCACUACUGAUCGACUGUGGCCAGCUUGUCAAGGCCAAUUCCAUCGAAGGAAACAAGAAGGACAACAUUACCAUCAUCUAUACCCCCGCCGAUAACUUGAAGAAAACUGGUGACAUGGCUGUUGGCCAAGUGUCUUUCCACAAUGACAAAAAGGUCAAGAGAAUACACAUCGCCACAAGGGAGAACGCCAUUGUCAAUCGAUUGAACAAAACCAAAGUCGAAAAGGAGGUCGACCAUGAACAAGAACGCGUGGACAGGAUAAAGAAGGAAAACGCUAUCAAACGAGCUGCUGCAGCUGAAAGGCAAAAAGCAGAACGAGAGCUUGCUAAAGCGCGAGAAGCCGAAAAGGCGGCACGGUCAUACGAUUCACUCUUCCAGGUGGAAGAAGACCCUAGCGAACCACGCAAAUAUGGUCGAGAAUUGGAAGAAGAUUUCAUGUAA